AAUGACGUAAUGUAUGCCUGACUAAGAGGAAGACAGACAGAAAUGGCGACGCUACUGCAGCCGGACAAAGUGCUCUAUCUCGUCCGAGGCGAGAAAAGGAUUCGAGUCCCGUUGUCUCAGCUGUAUUUUUGCCGUUAUUGUAGUGAACUGCGAUCACUGGAAUGCGUGUCACAUGAAGUCGACUCCCACUUCUGUCCCAGCUGUUUGGAGAACAUGCCAUCAGCUGAGGCCAAGGUCAAGAAGAACAGGUGUGCCAAUUGUUUUGACUGUCCAUGUUGUAUGCACACCCUCUCUACACGAGCCACCAACAUCCCAGCACCACUGCCUGAUGACCCAACCAAAACUACUAUGAAGAAGGCCUAUUACUUAGCCUGUGGGUUUUGUCGCUGGACCUCAAGAGAUGUAGGGAUGGCCGACAAAUCUGUUGCCAGUGGAGGAUGGCAGGAACCUGAGAACCCUCAUGCUCAAAGGAUCAACAAGUUGAUCGAGUAUUAUCAGCAGCUGGCCCAGAGAGAAAAACUGGAGAAAGAUAGGAAGAAGCUGGCGAGAAGACGUCUCUUCAUGCCCCAGGCAUUCUCGCAACACACUAUUCACGUGGUGGAUAAGUAUGGCCUGGGAACUCGACUACAGAGGCAGAGAUCUGGCGCUCCGGUCAGUGCUCUCUACAGUCUUUCACUUAAAGAGGGAGAGGAUCAGAAAGAGAUCAGUAUAGAGACAGCACAGGCUUUGGAUGAGGUGGAGCCGCUUCCUGAGGAUUAUUACACCCGACCUGUUAACCUCCCUGAAGUGACGACGCUUGGCCAGAGGCUGUUACAGCCGGACUUUCAGCCUGCGGGAGCUUCACAGCUUCAUCCCAGACACAAACAUCUACUCAUUAAACGCUCUCUGCGCUGCAGGAAAUGUGAGCACAACCUGAGUAAACCAGAGUUUAAUCCAAUCUCCAUAAAGUUCAAAAUCCAGCUGGUGGCUGUGAGUUACAUUCCUGAAGUAAGAAUCAUGUCCAUUCCUAACCUGCGACAUAUGAAGGAGAGUCAGGUUCUGCUAACUUUGACUAACCCGGUUGAAAACAUCACCCAUGUGUCCCUGUACACCUGUGAUGAGGCUGAUCCAGAUGAUAUAAACAGCACUGCCAAGGUCCUGGUGCCCAAAAAAGAGUUGGUCCUGGCAGGGAAAGAUGCUGCUGCUGAGUACGAUGAACUGGCAGAACCUCAGGAUUUUCAAGAUGACCCAGAUGUGGUGGCCUUCAGGAAGUCCAAUAAGAUCGGCUUCUUCAUUAAAGUGAUUCCACAGAAGGAAGAGGGAGACGUCACCGUGGCCUUUAAACUUCGGCAUGACUUCAGGAACCUCGCUGCUCCCAUCAGACCCACAGAAGAUGGAGAGCCCACCAGUGAGGUCAUCUGGCUUACACACCAUGUAGAACUUAGUUUGGGCCCACUGGCCACUCGAGAACAUGACACAUACAUACAUUAGAGGAUACACACACACCUACACUAACAUCAACACACACACACUGUCGAGCAGGCUUAGUAAUUUAAUGUGUAUAAUAUAACACAACACAACACCCACAAACUUCUGUUUUACUCAUGAAAAUGAUUCUUGUCCUGAUGAAGUGACUGUAAGUUUCAGAUACGCACACACACACACACACACACACACACACACACACAAACACACACAUGCACACGUACAUCACUUCCAGGAACAGAUACUCACCAGGACACACACUACACCACCCACACACGCCUCUAGAAGUGCUGUUCAUCUCUUCCUAGCGCCCCCUGUUGACGUGUUUAAACGCAUGCGGUCAUUACUGCUUACUGCUUCAUAUUUCACAACGUAAAGUUCUAGGUGUCAGUGUUAAUCAAACAUGUGGAAUAAUGCUUUAUCUAGUUGCUGUGUUAAUUUAAUAUUUUAUAUUUGCAGUAAAACAAGCUUGCACUUAAGUUAGUCAUCCAGACAAAGUCACUGGUUGUGAAAGAUAAAGCAGUGCAUUCAACAAUAAUUGGAUGGCUGGAAAUCCUGAUCUAGUUUGUAAUAUGGCCGUCUAAAAAUGUGGUUGUCUACUCUUAGCCAAUAAAAUAUAUACAAAGUCAUCAAA